UCGCGCACGCAGGGUAGGGAACACACUGCACUGUAGUUUACACCUCUCGGUAUUUGCAUUCAGGACAAUACAGUAGACGAUGCUGCGAUUGUAAAAUGGACUAACCUCAUGCAUUUGAGGAACUCUACAUGGCAUGAUAUUUCCCAGCCUAUUCAUUUCGCUUCAAAAUGUGGGUGCCCACCGAGCAAGAGAAAUAUGGCGUUGUGCUGGCUAACUUCAGGGGACUGGUGCAGUAUGGCCUACCACUUGAGAUUGGAGACACCGUGCAGAUUCUGGAGAAAUGUGAAGGCUGGUAUAGAGGAUUUAUAAUUAAGAAUCCAACUACUAAGGGAAUUUUUCCAAGCUGUUACAUCCAUUUGAAGAAUGCUCAUAUCAAGAACAAAGGGCAGUUUGAAACGGUCAUACCAAUGGAGGACUCUGUCAUCACAGAGAUGACGGUGACCUUGAGGGACUGGGGCAUCAUGUGGAAGCAGCUCUAUGUGAGAAAUGAGGGGGAUCUGUUCCAUCGGCUGUGGCACGUGAUGAAUGAGAUUCUGGAGCUGCGGCAGCAGGUUCUGGUGGGCCAUCUGACCCACGACUCCAUGAGUAACAUCAAGCAGCAUAUCACCGCGCGCCUGGACUGGGGCAACGAGCAGCUGGGAUUGGAUCUGGUCCCCAGGAGAGAAUUUAGCAUGGUGGACCCAGACGAGAUCAGCGUCACCGAGCUCUACCAGCUGAUGGAGCGGAGACAUCGGAGGAAGGAGCUUCCUGGCCAGGCCAGCAUGCACCACCUGUUUGUCCAGGUGAAGGGCCUGAUGAGCGCGAGCCUGGGAGAGGAGCUGGAGGUGUUCCUCUUCAUCUACGACAGCAGAGACAGUCGCCCAAUCAGUGAGAGGUUCGUAGUGCGUCUGAAUAAACAAGGAGUCCCAAGUGCUCUGGAGAAGGCUGAACGACAAUGCACUCUCUUUGUUGAUUUGGGGAGUAGCGAUCUACGAAAAGAUGUUUAUGUUGUAGCUCAUAUAAUUAGAAUCGGACGGAUGGUGGCAGGGGAGAAGAAGAGUGUCUCUAAUGUCCAGUACAGGCGGCCUUUUGGCUGUGCCAUCAUCAGUAUUGCUGACCUCUUGACUGUAGAUUCCAAGGAUGACCACCUACUGAAGGUGUAUUCAUGUAAUAUGGAAACAGAGUGGUACCAGAUUCAUGACAGCAUCAUCAGGAAAGUCAGCUCCAGAUACAGCCUGGUUGGGUCGAACACGGGACUCUCCAUGUCUCUGCAGCUCCUUCAUGGAGACAUGGAGCAGAUCCGUAAAGACUACAUGCGCCUCUUCACCCGAAACAUCUCCAUCACCAAGAGACUUGGCUUCUCAGACAUCAUCAUGCCAGGUGAAAUAAGGAAUGAUCUGUAUAUAACGUUGGAGAAGGGGGAAUUUGAGAAAGGGGGGAAAAGUGUGGCUCGGAACGUGGAGGUCAGUGUGCACGUCCUUGGAGCAGAUGGGCAGAUUCAAAAGGAUGUGCUCUGUGCUGGCUCUGGAGAGCUAGGAGUGGAGCAGCAUCAUUCGUUUGUGCUCUACCACAGCAACAGCCCGCGGUGGUCAGAUCAGAUCAAACUGCCCAUCCCCAUGGACCUGUUCAGAGGGCUGCACGUCCGCUUCGAGUUCAGACACUGCUCCACCAAGGAGAAGGGGGAGAAGAAGAUAUUUGGCUUCUCUUUCGUCCCCCUGAUGCAGGAGAAUGGAAGCAUACUUCCAGAUAGAACACAUGAGCUUCUCGUCCACAAGUGCGAAGACGCAACAUAUUUCCAAGAUGUAGCUCGGUACCUCAAGCUUCCCUAUUCUAAAACAAACACGCCUGGAAAUAAUCAGCCUGCACGCAACAGCAAGGAGUCCUUCUGGAUUACAUCUUUCUUGUGUUCUACCAAACUCACACAGAAUGGUGAUAUACUCGACUUACUGAAGUGGAGAACACACCCAGAGAAAAUUGCUGAUUGCCUGUCUAAACUCAAGGACAUUGAUGGCACUGAGAUUGUAAAGUUUUUACAGGACACACUGGAUACUCUAUUUGGUAUUUUAGACCAGAGCGCACAGAGAUAUGGUCUAAAGGUGUUUGACUGCUUGGUACAUAUAAUAAAUUUACUGCAGGAUAGUAAAUUUCAACAAUUUAAGCCAGUAAUGGACACGUACAUUGAGAGUCACUUUGCUGGAGCUCUGUCAUACAGGGAACUUAUCAAAUUACUGAAGUGGUAUAUUGACCGAAUCAUUGAUGCAGAACAUCAUGAGCAGAUUCAGCAGGUUCUGAAGGCAGCUGAGUACAUUUUCAAGUACAUUGUUCAGUCGAGGAGGCUCUACGUAGGAGCGACUGGUGGACAGGGCGAGGAGGAGUUUCGCUGCUCCGUCCACGAGCUCUUCAAAUCGGUCCACCUCUUCCUCUCUCACCAGAGCAAAGGCGUCAGCCCCAUCACACACACGCAGGCUGUGUUCCUGAGGUCCUUCCCUACAGUCUGCUGUGAGCUGCUCAAGGUCUUCCUGGUCAGAGAAGUGGCCGUCCUGGCCCAUGACACACUGGGCAGCCUCCCUGUGAUGGCUCACACUGACUGCCCCCUUCAGGCUGUUAAACUCCAGUGUAUCGCCAAAACUGUGGAGAGCCCACUCUACACCAACCAGGAGUGCCGGUGUGUGGUCCUGCCUGUGAUCCUGCGGCACCUUCAGGUGCACAUGCAGGAGCAGAGGGACCUGGUCAUGUGCGCUCACAUCCUCACCGGCAUGCUCUCCGUCAUCACUAAGGACGGCACGGUCAGUCAGAGAGGACAGGUACCGCACGCUUCGCAUGUGUUUGAGUGUGUUGCCUCUGAGGAGGUGAAUAUCAUCAUGGACAGCAUGUCCGGUGUUCUUCUGAGAACCAUCUUGGAAGUCACCAACUGCCCACAGCCCGCUGGGACUGCCCUGCGCCUGCAGUACCAGGAUGUCACGGGUGAGUUUGUGGCCUGUUUACUGACCCUCCUGAGGCUGCUAAGUGAUAAAGAUUACCAAAGAUUUCUCUCAAGAUUCUCAAGCAAAGAUGAGCUCAUGGCUUUUCUCCUACAGUUAUUCACUGUCUUUGAAAUACUCAUACGCCCAGAUAUGUUUCCCAAAGAUUGGACAGUCAUGCAGUUGGUCACCAGCAAUGUAAUUAUCACCUCACUUCUGUACCUCUCUGAUGCCUUGAAGAAGAACUUCCUCAAUGAAAAGUUUGACUUCAAGGUGUGGGAGUCCUAUUUUUAUCUUGCUGUCGUCUUCAUAAACCAGCAGUGUCUCCAGCUUGAGAAGUUCCCUCCCUCCAAACGGAAAAAAGUGCUGGAAAAGUAUGGAGACAUGAGGGUAAUGGUUGGAUGUGAAAUCCUUAGCAUGUGGCAAAGUUUAGAAGAGCAUAAACUGAACUUCAUCCCUGUCAUGAUCGGGCUCUUCCUGGAGGCGACCCUGGUGCCCCAGGCUGACCUGCGGAACGUGCUGAUCCCCAUCUUCCACGACAUGAUGGACUGUGAGCUCAGCAGGAGUGGAAACUUCAAACAGGUGGAGGCCAAAUUGAUUGACAAGCUGGACAGCCUGAUGUCUGAAGGCAAAGGCGAUGAGACGUACAAGGAACUCUUCAACAACAUAAUUCCCCUGUUUGGCCCAUACCCAAGUCUGCUGAAGAAGAUAGAGAGCGAGACCUGGAGGGAGAGUGGUGUUUCCCUAAUUACCACGGUAACGCGACUGAUGGAGAGGCUGCUUGACUACAGGGACUGCAUGAAGAUCGGAGACGUGGAUGGGAAAAACAUAGGUGGCCCUGUCAACCUGCUAAACUUCUACAAAACUGAACUUAACAAAGAGGAGAUGUACAUAAGGUACAUUCAUAAGCUCUACGACCUGCAUUUCAAAGCACAAAAUUACACAGAGGCGGCCUACACACUGCUGCUGUACGAUGAGCUGCUGGAGUGGACUGAGCGGCCCCUAAGGGAGUUCCUGGGCUACCCCCUGCAGAGCGAGUGGCAGAGGAAGGAGUGCCUCCAUCUCACCAUCAUCCACAACUUUGACAGGGGGAAAUGUUGGGAGAACUGCAUCAUACUGUGUAGGGAAUUGGCAAAUCAGUACGAGGCAUAUUAUGACUACAGGAAUCUCAGUAAAAUGAGGAUGAUGGAAGCAUCAUUAUAUGACAAAAUAAUGAAUCAGCAGAGACUGGAGCCUGAAUUCUUCAGAAUUGGCUUCUAUGGCAAGAAGUUCCCCUUCUUUUUACGGAAUAAGGAGUUUGUGUGCCGGGGCAAUGAUUAUGAGCGCCUAGAAGCCUUCCAGCAGCGAAUGUUGAGCGAGUUCCCCCACGCCAUCGCCAUGCAGCAUGCCAACCCGCCCGAGCAGACCAUCCUUCAGGCCGAGGCGCAGUAUCUGCAGAUCUAUGCAGUAAGUCCAGUCCCCGAAGGUCAAGAUGUACUGCAGAGGGACGGGGUACCCAACAACAUCAAGAGCUUCUACAAGGUCAACCAUAUCUGGAAGUUCCGCUAUGAUCGGCCUUUCCACAAAGGCACAAAGGACAAGGAGAAUGAGUUCAAGAGCCUGUGGGUGGAACGAACUACACUGACCCUGGCCCAGAGCCUGCCUGGUAUCUCCCGCUGGUUUGAGGUCGACAAGAGAGACCUGGUUGAGAUGAGUCCACUGGAGAACGCCACUGAAGUGAUUGAGAACAAGAACCUGCAGCUCAGAACAUUGAUUGCUCAGUGCCAGACCCGGCAAAUGCAGAACAGCAACCCCCUCACCAUGUGCCUCAAUGGAGUGAUAGACGCUGCUGUUAAUGGGGGGCUGGCACGCUACCAAGAGGCAUUUUUUGCAAAAGAUUACAUUGCAAAUCAUCCUCAAGACGGGGAUAAGAUCACUCGUCUCAGAGAGCUGAUGUUUGAACAGGCUCACAUUCUGGAAUAUGGGUUGGCUGUGCAUGAGAAGUAUGUUUCACUGGACAUGCGACCGUUGCACAAAAAACUGGUAGACCAGUUUCAUAUGAUGAGGUCAAGUCUUGGACUACAGCCACAGGAAUUCCCUGCCCUUGUGCGUGCCAGUCCAAUGCACUUUGUCAGUGGGAGCCCACGCAGCUGUAGGACCCCCGUGCCCAGUGCCAUCAGCCCAGAUGGCCCUCGCAUGGUGAUGAGGCGCAGUCCCCUGACCUACCCAGCUGUCAACCGCUACUCCUCAUCCUCACUCUCGUCUCAGGCCUCCAAUGAAGUGAGCAACAUCACAGGCCAGUCUGAGAGCUCUGAUGAGGUGUUCAACAUGCAGCCAAGCCCUUCUACCUCUAGCCUCAGUUCCAACCAAUCUGGCUCCACCCAUGUGAACAACUCCGCUCCAGCCAGUAACAGAGCUUCCCCACUGCCCUCUGACAAGCAAAAGCACUCUCGAGAUAACCUGUGCCUCUCACCAAGGGACAGGCUCUGCACAGGCUUGUUUCCCAGUACACUGGAUCCAACUGCAAGAACGGUACCACUCCAGAUUGUGGAUCCUACAUCAUCCCGUCCUGAACCAAACCUCCCAACACUUGAGAAAGGAGCAGGGUCUCUUGGCAUCGGGAUGAGGUCAUAUUCACCUAUGCCCACAAACAAGUCGCCCCAAAAGACCUCCAUGCCUCCCUUGACACCGUCCCCCAUAGACUGCUUGCCUCCUGGUGGCUUGGUGCUCAACUCCCCAGCUCGCUCUGGCAGCUGUAGCAGUGGCAUCUCUUCCCUGAGCCGCUGCAGUGUGUCGGAGACCUGUGGCAUGGACCCUGCCCUUAGUGACUCUCCAGUGCCUCUCCCUGUGCCUGUCCCCACUCUGGAGGAGCCCAUGGUGCGGCGGGGCAGCAAGACGCCUCCUCCCUACAGCGUGUAUGAACGGAACAACCUCCGCCGGGCCACACCGCUGCCUCACAGCCUCUCUGUCCCCCCCAGCGCCGAUCCCUCUGGCCUGCCUCCCAAACCACAUCUAAACCGCAGCCACAGAUUACACUCGGAACCACGCCAACGGACUGUACCCCGCAAGGUCUCACAGCUAUAACAGUACCACUGCAUCACGGGAGAUUCACAUUGUAAAUUGUAAAUGGUCCUAAGGAGCAUGGGUGAUACAAGCACACACUAUACCUGACUGGUGUGCCAUAUUUGUACCCUUUCACAGAUUGGGUUCAAACUUUCUUAAUAUUUUUAGGAGCCAUUAAGAGAUUUAACACACUGAAUAACAUUAUCUGAUUUUAAAAAGGGCAAAUAGUUUACUGCAAAAUGUACACAUCUGGCAGGUCCACAUUGCAUUUAGAGUACUUCAGCUUUAGUCAAUCAUAUGUAUUUUUGAUAGAUGUUUAAUAAUUAUGAUACUGAUGUACAGUAUAGUUACCAAUAGUACUGUGGCCUUACACAAAGGUCACACUAUGCAGCUAGUCCUGCAACCCAUUCAAUGCUUUUCUGAACUGCUGAAAGGUGCUAAAACCUAAACAGUAUAUUUAAUGAGUCUUCAAUAUUUUUAGACUUGUGUUUGUGAAUUUCUUGACUUUCUCAGCCUUGCGCUCAUUACACAGUUUAUAAAACUCUACUUUUUUGUAAUCCUGUAGUGGAAUUAAAACAAGGCAUGUGCUGAGUGUAACUUGUAAUGAUUUUCACAAGCUAAAUGCUUUGGGUUUUUGAAAGGAAACUGAAAAACUUUCACAUUGCACUAUUUGAGGCUUACACUGCCUGACCAAAACAUCACCCUAUAAAACAUUCUUGGUGAGUACUUCAUAAAGCACAUUUUGUUACAAAGAAAUACUGCAUCUCUCUUUUCAGUGGGAACUUUCAUAUGAUGCCUAUGUCUACAUAUACAUGCCCUGAACUAAAGCUAUGGCUGAAACUGUGUAAUGUGUACUAGUCUUCAUUGUGCCAUGUAAUGGUUCUGUAUGGAUUGCUGGCGUGCCAAAGAGACGCACAGACGUUUUAAGCGCUGCAAGUACAGUAUUUAGAGCUGCUUCAGUAGAAUGUGUCAGUUGUGCUCAAUGAUGAUGUACUUCAUGUGCAGUUUGCAGAAGCAUAUUCUGGCAGCAUGUGGCAUGUAUGUAAAGCAUUAAGCAAUAUACAGUAUUACAAUAUAAUUGCUGUGGUUCUGUGAGGGUGUCUUUGAUAAUGGCAAAUUAACGUUGUUUGGAACAUCCCUCCCACAUGGCUCUGUUGAGGAAAUGGCUUUUUAUAAUGGAGCUGAUUUGGGAUCAUGUUUUUGAUCAUGAUCAAUGUUGUUUUCAAAUUUAACUUAACUGGUUACCAGUUAUUUGCAAAAAAGAAUGAAGUGUUUAAAAAAGUAUAUCAUACUUCAUACUGGGGUAUGGAAUGGAAUGUAUUUAUCUUGAAAAAGCAGGCAAGACAUUGAGUUGACUGCUAUACCCAUCAAUGACAUUUGGCCGCUAUCCAAACUCCAUGUAAACAUACUCGAUGUAAGAUUUUGCCACUGGGGGCAGUAUAAAGCCCUACACAUACUUUACACCUGGGGUGUGGAAGAUUAAUGUCGACAUGUCAGCUGCGCUUCAGUGGUCCUAAUGUACUGCAAUAAAAUAUUACAGUUA